AUGCUUCUGGCCGUGAUUCCUCAGCAGUACUGGCCCGACAUCGAUCCGGCGCUCCUUCGGGCAAUCGCAAACGUCGCCAUCUCCCUCACCCCGCUCUACACUUAUGGCACCGCUUGCUAUUCGAUUCACCGCCGCCGGCUGUCGGCUGGCUUUUCCAUUGACAUUUGUGCCACCAUGCUAAUGGCGUCCAUUCUUCGCAUUCUCUACUACUUUGUCACGCCCUUCGAGCCGCUGUUGCUUCGCCAGGCGCUUGUCAUGACCUUAGUGCAGUGCGCUUUGCUCCGCGUGCUGUUGCAUCAUCGGCCCGCCACAUACUCGCCCGACGGAUUGGCGGCGCGCCCGCCGCUCGCGCCCAACUUGGCCGCGCCGCGCUUGCUGGGCCCGCGCUUCUACCUCGACAUGGCGCGCGCUUUGGGCGCACACGCCCUCCGUUUGUUCGACGUGCACUUCCGCCGGCCCGGCUGUUUCUGGCAGUGGCGCGAGGAGGCGCCCUACUGGCGGUUUCUCGCCGUCUUCAGCGCCGUUUUCGCCGUGCUCACGGGGCUUUUCCGCUCGAGCCCCUGGUACGGUGCCUUCAUUGGAACCUUGGGGCUUUUCAUCGAGGCCUUGCUCCCGCUCCCUCAGAUUCUUAUGCUCCAGCGUCUCGGCACCGUGGAAAACUUCAAAGUCAUUCUAUUGGUGUCGUGGCUCGGCGGUGAUUGCUUGAAACUCAGUUACUUGUUCUUUGGCACCGAUAAUGUCUCCAGUAUCUUUGUGGCGGCUGCCUUGUUUCAGAUGGGGUUGGACUUGAUCAUCUUGGCCCAAUACUUACAUUUCUGGGCCGCCGACCGCCGUCGCGCGUCUCUUCCAAUGUACGAAAUGGAAGCCCUUCCGCCAGUUUCAUGA